AUGACUUACUCAUCAAGGAAGGGUGUGCUGAAAGGUCAAGGCUAUGGCCAGGUGAUUAAGGUGAAGCAGUGGAUCCCCAUGUGGCAUAACGGGGCCGAGCUGUACUACAAGAAGAGACCGAGCAGGCACGCACCAGUGCUCGACCCAAGCCAGUAUGGUGGCGACGACAGCGACGGUGGAGAGGCUGUCGCACCCGUCAACGCCGCGUCCACCACCGCAACCGAGACUGUGCCAUACGACCUUAUCUCCGUACUCACGGACAUCGAGAAUGCAGCCCUGUGGCUGCUGCUGCAGCUACCCAUACCAGACCAUUUGCUGCCGGGGUACGACAAGUAUAUGGCCAACAUUGCCACGCUGGAUGAGCUUGUGUAUGGCAUAAUUCGGCGGCGGCGAGAACGCGGCGUGUUGGAUGGGGACCGAGAUCUCUUGGCGUUCUUGCUGCGAGCCCAGCAGGCGCAAGUACGGCAGCAGCAGCAGCUGCAGCACCAACACCAGCAAGAGCGGCAUCCUAAGCCAACACAUCAGCUGGCUGCACAGCAGGGUGAUUGCCCGCAUGCUGCUGCUAGCAGCAACAUUAUUGGUGCCGUAGGUAUAGGUGGUAAUGAUGCAGCUGCUACUGCCAUUACUGCUGAGUCCAGCAUAACCGACAAGCAGAUUAGGGACGAGCUAGUCACCAUGUUCUUCGGCGGCACAGACACCAGUGCUCUCGCGCUCACUCUCACUGCCUACCACCUGGCUCACUGUCCUGAGGCGCAAAGGGCGGCAAGAGCAGAGGUGCUGGAGGUGCUGGGUGGCAGGUCGGUGAGGGAGCUUCAGUCAGAUGCUGUUCAGCGGCGACUGCCCUUCCUGACCGCUUGCCUUAAUGAGACGCUGCGACUGUACCCCGCGUUGCCGGAGAUCACCCGGCUGGCCCAGCAG